CUCAAGAAAACAGCGAUUUCAUUUUAAAAACGCGCACAUGCUGAACCGGAAAACGGAUUACAUUGGCAUAACAACCAGGUAAAUAAACAAACAGCAAUCAGAGCGUGACGAGCAUGUAAAAUCACGUGUUUACAGAAUUGGACAAGUCAGAGCGACUGGACAUCAACAAUUGACCGAUACUGCGUAAUUAACAUUAUUGUUUAAAUAGAGUAGAACCUAACAGCGAACAAGAUGUCUACGGAAGUUGAACUUCAAGCUGUCCCCUCUGAUACAUCUCAAGAGGAGAGGACGUUUGAUCAAGUUGAAAUUGAACCAACAGAGGAAAACGUUACAGUUGAAGGUGCAGAUAAUCCUGCAUACACAGACACCGAGACGACAGAACAGACAGAGUCAGACUUCACUAUCCCACCAAUGACAUUUGUUGAUUUCAUGCCUCGGUUGAUAGAAGAAGCCGCAUCAAACGUGGAUUCACCAAUUUAUUCAGAGUUUAGUUCAGUGAUGGAGCAGGUUAACCAAUGGUUGAAGGGAAAUCCAGACUACCAGGCUAUGAAACUGGAAUCGUUCACGAAGAAACUCAGUGAAAAAGAGAAUGCUCCUGAUUUGGAGCAGGUUAUGUACCAUGAGUCGAGUUAUGGCAUCAACAAAUAUGUGAGAGGCCUCAGAUUAUGGCUAGCACCUCGCUUGGACACCUCAAGCCCCAUACAAGAGAUCGGCUACAUCACAACCAUGCCUGAACCCUCCGAGGGAGAAGCCUCAGACCCGGACAGUAUGCUGUCAUUGUUCAAGGUGGGAAUGUUCAACGCCCGUGCCGUGAUGCCAACCUACUGCGGCUACAAGGAAAUGAUGGACAAACUUAAUAAGUUCCUGAAAAAGAAACCUCUUCCUGGGUCCGUUCUCAGUAUAGAAAAUGUGAAGGUCAAGUAUGAUGAAAAUUCCCUUGGGAAGUGUAUGGAUUCGGAAUCAAUGUCUUGGGCAGAUUGUGGGAAAGACGACCGAAUCUACAUGUUUGCCAUCCGCAUUUACUACAUCAUUGGAAAACCAACCUUUGAAGUUGUCAGCUACCAUGACGAGGCCCCAGUUUGUCAGAACAACUGGGAGACGAUGUCUAAGCUGCGAUACUGUCCAUUCACAACAGUUGUGCAGAGAGGGAGGGCUUGGCUUAGAAAUCAGAAGGGUAUCAGAGUUGUGAAUAUGCAGACAGUGGACGUGUUCUGUGAUAGAACCUCGAAAGGUGAAGCGAGAGUACACCAUGACAAAACAGGGUAUGUGGAAGCGGCAGGCAAGGAUGCCCAAUUUGCUAGAGUGCUCAGAAUUUUCUAUAUUGUGGAUCCCAAAAGCUCUGUGUGCCCAUAUGAGACUGUGAAUCUGACGUCCAGGUUGUUCAUCCCAACGAGGAGAGGUGACUGGGGCAAGAACUGUGAGACAUUCUCCAAAACCAUGCAGAGAGUCAUCAAGUGGCUUCAGCUUACAAAGGUUCCGAUAUUCGGAGUCGAAACAGUGAUUCACCCGUUUACCCCUGACAGUUAUGGGACUGGUGUUCGGGAUGACUCGUCUACGGUCUCACUCAUCGCAGCACAAGGAAAAUACUUCAUCACUACUGUUAGGCUAUAUUUCCCCUGUGAAUUUGAAGAGCCAGACCCGAAACUUCUGCCCCAGCCUGAGGAGGAGGAGGGAUGGUGGGCGUGUACUGUCUCCUAAACCUUUUGUAACCUGAAAUCAUCUUGGACAAUAGCAUUUGUGAAAUUGAUAGUGGGCAUGAUCUGUCUCCUUACACCUAAUUGGUUGUUUUGUAUCCUUAUUGGACAGCACUAUAUAGUUGCAAAAAUGAUACUGUCUCUGAAGUAUCAUUUGUCAACUAAGAGAAUCAUCACUAUUGAUGAAUUUAAUAAAACAUGUUGAUAUGGGUUAAUAUUUCUUGAUUAUUUUUAUGUGAUCCAAAAGUUCAUAAAUAGUAUGACAUUAAAAUGAAUUUCAGUAAAAGUAUCAUCAAAUUGAAUUUAGAAAUUAUGAUUUCACUAGUAAUGUUGAAACUGGAAUCUCAUUUUAGUAAAAUCAUUGACUGCAAUAUAGUUGUCAGAAAGACAUUUUGGUUAAAAGCAUAAUAUACCGUAAUGCACCUGUCAAUUGUAACCACGGCCCCCCCCAGGUCCGGGGGUAUACCGGAGUUAGCCUGAGAAAUGGGCCGUGUUUUUACCUUUCAGAUGGCCCCGCAGUGCCGGGUGAAUGUGGUGGUUUUGUCUUCGCUUUAAAUAUAGCGGGGAAUAGUCCUUCCCUAGGGUCCCUGGGGUGCAGGGGCAUUUGGCGGGGACUUUCCCAUGUGUUCGUCUCCACAGGGCAAGAAUUUUAGCCGGGGUUGGCUGAACUGAAAGUCAAAGUCCCCGCUAUUCCCAAGACCUGGGGGGGGGGGCGUGGUUACAAUUAACUGGUGCAUAACGUUGCGUUGGAGGGAUAUUGCAAUAUGCCUUAUACGUUAUAGUGUUCAUGUAAAUGAAAACAAUCUUUUUAUUCAUUUAUCAAAAGGCAUAAUUGUAAUUGCUCAUUUUCACUCAUUUGUUAAAAGAUUAAUCAAGAUAUUUACCAAGUAAAAUUUGCCUCUGAGAGUAUCUAUGUGUAUCUAUUAUACACUGUUUUUACACACCAAAAUGAUAAAAUCUAUAAAGAUUCGCUUGUUCAUUGGACUUAGCAUGUGAUUGAAGGCCCUAGGUAAUACUGACAUCUAUAUGUAUUGAUGUUGUGAACAUUUACAUGAAGGCUGAUUUAAGAAAACAAUGUCCAUCAUUAUGCAAAAAUAAAAUCAGUGAUCUAAUAUUUUCUAGAACAUAUGUCUGAGAUAUUAAUAUUUUCAUGUAUGAAAUACAAUUUACAUGUGUAGUAUUUAUAGUUCAUUGAUGAGUCUUUAAGUGAUCAUUUUAUCGAUCAUUUGUAUUAUUUUUGUGUGACGUCUUUUAUGUAGUUUGUGUUUACUUGUGGGAUAAUCAAUCAUAUUGCCUCUAAUAGAGGAUAUUUCAUAGGAAGUCAAUCAGUACAAAAUGGAUUAAACAAGUUUUCUAAGUUCAACAUGAAUUUAUAUAUUUUUUUGUAAAGACUUUUAAUAGAUAUCAUAUUGAAUCACCACGACAGUGAUAUUCAAUUUAUAGCUGAUUUGAUGAUUGAAAUAAAACGUCGUUAUAAGGUGUGCACAUUUUCAAAGCUUUUCUUCUAUGAUGUCACAUUAUAUAUAUAUCAAUAAUAUAUUGAUGAUACAAAUCCUUGUAUUUAAGAACAUUUUGGGUGUAAGAAAAAAAUAUCAUUUAGUAGAUAUUUCAUUAUUUAUGCAAAGAAACUUUAUGGAAAGUUCUUUUCCCCUUAUUAUUUUGAUUGGUGUUUAUUUUGAUGUGAUAUUUUGUUACAUGAUAUUAAGUUAAAAUGAUUCAUACUUGUUGAUGGCAGUUUGUGCUCAAAUAUGUUUGUAAUGAAAACCAUGUCACAUAUAUACACUGAACAAUACAUAUCAAUCAUUCGUAUGUAAUGGUUAAAGAUUGUUAAAAUGCUUACAGAAAUAAAAGGUUUGAUGUGAAACAGUCGCAUAACCAUUUAUUUUGUGUAUGAACAUUCUAAUACUUUUUUAGUUUUUAGUGGUCUACAUUGUAUUGUGUAAACUACCAACUUACUUGGCAAGCCACUGUUUACAUCAAAAAUUAAUGAUAGCUGACUGCUGAUUUACUGAACUAAUUGAAUGGGAAAACUUGAGAAAAGCUGCCUUCUCAUUGGACAAAGUAUAAUGUUGACCACAAAGGUUAGUAUGGAGUAUGCAGAUUGGUAUACUUUUCCUAGACAUCAGUUAAUUAUUCUAUUUAUUUUCUUAUAUAUUUAUUUAUAUUAUUCAUAUUUUUCUUUCAUAUUUACUAAUGUGAUACAUUUUCUGAGUUUUUCGCUGCAGUUUUUAAAUCUGCAUGUUUUUCUACAAUUUCUCAUUACCAUAAUCCUUUGUUAAGAAGGUUGUUUUUGUAUUGAUACACAUAUACAUUCUGACCAUUAUAUGUUUGUUCUUGCACAUUACUUUUUCAAAAUAAAACAUGAUGAAUGAAAAUUA